GAAGUUGCUCGGCCGUGACACUUGAAAGCAUCCAGCCUUAAAGAAAUUAUCCAUUGUUUUAAUUCUUUUAUAAGCGUGUAUUUUAUUGAAAAGGACCUUUACCACAAGGAGGAUAACGAGGAAGGGCACUGACAGAAGAAAAGCAUGCAAGAAGAACUCGUAAUGGAAGCACCCGUCGUUAGAAUGGAACCGAUGGGUUUCAGUGUGGCCCAUCUGGACCCGCCUUCGCAGAUGUUAUACAACAGCUUAAAUUUCAAGCAUAUGUCAGCAGAGAAACUAUCAGAAUCAUUUCAUUCGGCAGGACAACACCUAUUGCAAAAUGUCAAAGGAAGGUUUUUCUCCAAUAAGGGCAACAUGACGUACACUGAGCUACUACAAGGGCUUAUUCACAGGGACGAAGUGAUUUUGACAAGAGACCCGCAUCUGCAAUUCACGACUCUUGUAAUCUCGAACAGGGAAGGGAGUGAGAUUACAACAAAAAUUGGAGGAAGGGCACUCAUCACAGAUAAGCGAAUGCUGUUCUUAUCGUCACAGUUUGCUGAGACUUGCUCGCUAGCGCAGUUUGGUGAUCCUAAAAAGCUGCCAGGGGGCUACACGUUGGAAAUGUCUUGUAAAGAUGCCACAUAUUAUUUUCCCAUUUCACUGGAAAAUUUCAAAAGUGUAGAGUUAGAUGGGCGAAGUGGUAUUUCAGGCACCAUAUCCAUUCAUGCAUCUAAACCCCCUUGUGCUGGAUGCUGCGGUAUGUUUGGUGGGUCCUGUCUGAAGAGCUGGCUACCCCUGCCUCUUGUGUACAGUGAGUAUAACGAGUUGUCUGUCAAACUUGGUGUACUUCUGCCUCCGUGGAACGAGCCUUCUUACAUCACUCUCCAUCUUGGUGCUAAUGCACCUGUUCCAUACAUACGAGACAUCAUCUCAAUCUUGCAGCAAAACGCACCGGCCCUCAAGUGAUCUAGCACACGCUGGCAUAGACCAGGCUCGUUGAUGCAAAAAAAUAUUUGCAGAUCAACAACACGCUGUAUCUAGCUUCAAAUGUAGUUGAACCUUUUUUACAUAACCUUAGCCUGAGUAGGUAGAGCAAUAACAUUUAUAAAAUAUUGCAGCAAAUGUCAA